AUGGUGCAAAUCAAUCCACUUUCAUCUUUACUCCCUGACGAGCCCAAGUCACAUCAUGUUGGAAACCCACCAACUGGCUUCAAGAAUCCAUGGCCGUCAUUCCCAGAACAUGGCCAGGGGUUGAUGAACGUGUUCAAGACUCGAUUUUCGAAGGACAAGCCACCCUUCAAACCGGUUCCAGAUCGAUCGGAGCUUGUGCAGGUACAAAAGAUUGAUUUUGCUUAUCCCGAGCCUGGCUUCAAAGUGACGUGGAUCGGACAUGCCAGUUUCCUAUUACAAACCUCAACCCCACCUGGGGCGUCUCGUGGUGUGAAUAUAUUAUGUGAUCCUCUAUUUUCUGAACGAACAUCCCCGGUCACUUUUUUCGGGCCCAAACGAUAUAAUCCACCUCCAUGCUCAAUACAUGAAUUACUGGAUAACAUCGAAAUCGACCUCAUUCUGAUCUCUCACAACCACUACGACCAUGCAGAUGCUGGAACACUCAAGGCAAUUUAUGCCAAUCGCAAACACAAAGUUCAUAUCUUGGUUGGUCUUCAUAGUUCACGUUGGCUGGUCGGACACGGAAUUGAUCGGUCCUGCAUCACCGAAGUGGACUGGUGGGAUCAAUUCGAGGUGAACGUCGAGAAUGUUGGAGCUGUAAAGAUCACCUCUACUCCGUCACAGCAUUUCUCUGGUAGAAGUCCAUUCGAUCGCAAUUACGACCUGUGGUGCUCAUUCGCCAUCGAAGAACUACAAGGCGACCACAAAAAGUUGUACUUUUCUGGCGACACUGCAUAUCGUUCAAUUACAGAACCAAACCUGACCCACGAGGAAGAAGAGUCGCAUCCAGCAUGUCCGGCAUUCAAACAGAUUGGAGAUUUUCUUGGUCCUUUUGACCUUGCAUUACUGCCGAUUGGCCUAUGUGAACCCAGAGCUUUCAUGUCUGCAGUCCAUGCAAACCCUUGGGACUCCAUCCAUAUUCAUAAAGAUGUCAGAAGCAAGAAAUCCAUCGGUAUGCAUUAUGGUACAGUUCGUGGUGGUCUUUCACAAUAUUAUGAAGAUGUUCGAAGCCCCCCACAAAACUGGAAAGAAGCAGCCCAUACUGCCGGGUUGAAAUGGGGAGAGGACAUUGGGUUGGUGAACAUCGGUGAAACUCUAGUCUUGGAUUGA